AGCGGGUCUGUCUACCUUGCGAUAAUGCCUCCCUGCAGAACCUGUACUCCACUUUCCGGGGCUGAUCAAUCGCAGCCAUCUAUGAAUACGAACACCUCUCUACCAGCAUUCACCGACCCUCCUGGCUGGACCUCCCAUCCCCCUAGUCCCACCCUCUACCACGAAGAAUGGAUCGGCCCCAACUCAAACGGGCAAGUCAUCGCCGAGUCCUACGAUCUUGAACCAGGCCAGCCGGUAAUAGAGGAUACCGAGGGAUGGCACACUAUCUUCAACUCCGGCGAUAAGUUCUAUCUGUGGGGACGGUUGGGCGAUGAGGUUGAGGAGUUUGUGGAGGGGGAUAUACUUGUGAUUGUGGAGGCUAUUAGGAGAGAUGGGUUGAGGGGGUUGGAGAGGAGGGGUCUUGGUUGAUUUAUUUUUCAUGAAUGGGGGGAUAUAUAACUCUGAUUGUAUCAUGAUUCAUGAGGGUAAGUUAACUUGUUU